GCUUUGCGCAUCACUUAGGACAACAGCAGCCGCUCAUCUGAUUCGUUCCUGCGCGCGUCAGUGUACAGACACGGAACGCGACUGCCCUCGCCGCGACCAACGAAUCUCACCGGGGCGGGAUUCACCCUCCGUUAUGACGUCAGCUCCGCAGUGUCACGCGCAGCCGCGCACACGCUGAUAUGCGAGACGCGCCUCGUCACAUCAAGCAAAAGCUGCUGUUGAACUGAAGGCACCAUGGCCACACCAACGCCUCUAGAUCCAGAUUUGGUUCGGGAGGUGCUGGAAUGCCCCAUUUGCUUGGAGAUGUACAACCAGGAUCAGCUUCGACCCAAACUGCUGCAGUGCGGUCACUCAGUUUGUCGUCAGUGCCUUGAGAAACUCCUCGCCAGCACGAUAAAUGGCGUUCGCUGCCCCUUCUGCAGCAAGGUGUCUCGUAUGAGCAGUAUUUCCCAGCUGGCUGACAAUCUCACUGUGUUGAAGAUCAUUGACUGGGCUAGUUCAUGCGGCUCUACCAUGGGUCUCAUGUGCAAGUCUUGUAAAAACCGCCUGCCACGGCAGUACUGCAGUGACUGCAGCAUUGUGUUGUGUGAUAUUUGUAAAAACGAUGGCCACCAGUGUCAGGGUCAUGUUGUACAGGCCAUUCGCGUGGCUGCUGAACAGCGGCGGAAGGACAUCAGUGGGAAGAUUUCUAACAUGCGGGAGGCAAUGGGAAAUAUUCAGAAGAAGAAGGCAGCUAUUGACAAUGUGACAAAAUCAAUCAAACUGAAGUACAAGGCUGUACAGCAGGAAUACGCCAAGGCUGAGUUGCAGCUCCAAGAGGAACUGGGCCGCUCGCGCCGUGCCUUUGCCACCUCCUUGGCCGAAAUAGAGAAACUCAAUGCCCAGAUACUGGAGGAGCAGACGUACCUGCUCAAUAUUGCUGAAGUGCAGGUGGUGUCAAGGUGUGACUAUCUAACCAUGAGGAUCAGGCAGACGGAUAUUGCUCUACUGGAAGAAGGGAGCAACCAUGAAGAAGAAGAGUUGGACUUAAAAACUAACUUGCCUGUCAUUCUGAAACUACAAGACCCUAAAUUUGUUCAAAUGGAGUGCUCGAAACCUCUGGACGUGGGGCAGCUGACCACAAAACCCUGCAUUGUCAAUGCAGAGGAAAAGUCCAAGUCUGUUGAUGGUGGUGGACCUUCUCCAGGAGCUUCUGGUGGGCAACUCUGUCAAUUUGUGAAAAAGAUGGGGUGCAAGGGCAAUCUGCCGGGCAUGUUCAAUUUGCCUGUAAGCAUUUGCGUCACACCGCAGGGUGAGGUGCUUGUGGCCGACCGAGGAAACUACCGCAUCCAAAUCUUCAACCGCAAGGGCUUCCAAAGGGAGAUACGGCGCAACCCAAGCAGCAUCGACAACUUCGUCUUGAGCUUCUUAGGUGCCGACCUGCCCAACCUCAUCCCACUUUCCAUUGCUAUCACUGCUCAGGGCCUCAUAGGUGUCACUGACAACUAUGAUAACUCCGUGAAGGUUUAUACCACCGAUGGCCACUGCAUCGCAUGUCACAAGAACCAGCUCAUCAAGCCAUGGGGAAUCGCGGCCAUGCCUUCAGGCCAGUUCGUUGUGUCAGAUGUAGAAGGGGGAAAGCUGUGGUGCCUAGCCGUGGAUCGUAAAGUAGGUGUUGUGAAUUACAACCGCUUAUGUUCGGCCCUCAGGCCCAAAUUUGUAACUUGCGACUCCUCAGGUACAGUCUACUUCACACAGGGUUUGGGUCUAAACAUAGAGAAUAGACACAACGAACACCACCUUGAGGGGGGUUUCUCAAUUGGGUCGGUGGGAAUGGAUGGCCAGCUGGGAAAGCAACUAAGCCACUUCUUCUCAGAGAAAGAGGACUUACGAUGCAUUACCGGCAUGUGUGUGGACUCUAAUGGAGACUUGAUCGUGACAGACAGUGGCCGUAAGGAGAUACUACAGUUCCCUAAAGAAGGUGGCUAUAAUAUUCUCAUUCAGGAGGGGUUAACAUGCCCUGUAGGGGUUGCAGUUACCCAGAAGGGACAACUGCUUGUCUUAGAUUGCUGGGACCACUGUGUGAAGGUCUACACUUACUUGCAGAGGAGACGUUCCUCUACAUGUUAAGAUUGCUGUGUGGACAAUUUAGAAGACUUGUCACUUUUAUUCAAUGGCUUCACUAUAAAUGCGUUUGCUUCUCAGUGAUUUCUGACCUAUGGCUUGCAGUGGCCAGGAUCAGGCAGCUAAGCUGCAACCAUUCACCACUGCCAUGGAGCAAUUGGAUGAUGACUUAGGGGUAUUAUUAUGGAUGCUUUGGGCAAAUGGAUUUCAAAAUUUAGCACAACCGAUGGCAAUAACUGACAGUGUUGUUCUUUAUGUGUGCAAAUAAGUUAAAGGAUUUUUUUUUCCUCUGUGCUGCUGUUCAGACAUUAAGAUGGCGGAGUUAAAGAGAAGGUAAUUUUUUAUAGUUGCUUCAUAAAUAAUAUCAAAGGAAUAUUCUUGUUUUGAUUCAAGUAAGGCUCAAUCAAAAGGAUUUAUGGUCUAAUGUUGAUAUAUUUAUUUAUUUUAGGUGGUAACCAACAUAAUGCUGCAAGUGCUGCUGAUUGAGCUUAACUUGUACUGAACCCAAAAUAUUCCUUGAACAGGAAGGAUUUACAUGGAAAAUGUGAAACGUGCUGACUCUGAACACUUCUGUGUGUGUCAUGUUCAUGUGUAGUUGUUGUAAUGACUUCCAAAAAUGCCCUCACUAUUAAAGUGCCCCUCCAUACCUGAAGCCUGUGUCUGUAAAAGACUAAAAGAUUUAUUUAACAAUAUAAAUCCUCUGUAUAAUAAAAUACAGUUAGACUAAAGUAUAAUACACUUGAAAAAUGUUAUUGUUACUACAGAGUUGUCUAAAACUGCUUAUUGUUUAUUUGAAUUGGUUUGUGGUGUACUUCAGUUUGUGAAAGCAUUACUCUAUUGCAGGAACCAAAGGCAUGUUAAAUUCAGGAGAUAUUUACUAGCCUGUCAUCAGAGUAACUGCAAUAGUUCAACUGAAGCAGGGAAAUGACUCGGCAGUUUACAUGCUGUAUUACACCGUAUAUUCAAUUAUGUUUUGCAUUGAA